GGGCGCCGUGUGCGAGCUGUCGCACCAGGCGAGGCGCACUUCAUGGGUCUUUGUAGCGAGUUGUGUAGCAGACAGAGGAGGGAGGCCCUGCCGUACGAGCAAGGCUGGGGGUGAACGAGGGAAGGACUGUAAAUGCGAGAGGAAGAAGGCGCUUUCAGGGCAGCAAGCGGGGCUGGGGGGUCCCCGGGUCGGAUUGUAAAGCCAGACGCAGGAGAUAAUAAACAUGCGGCGCAUCGUGAGAGCCGGCGCUCUGGAGCUGCUGGGCGCCUCGGGUAUCGCCAGACCGGCGGUGGCUGGACCCUGGAGGUCCCUCAUCUCCAGGACACCGCAGGUCGCCGCUGCUUCUGCAGACGGGGUUUCCCGGAGGUCCCGGUCCACUUCAAUGCAAGGCUAUUCGGAGCUGGCUCGGGAGCGGUCCAAAACCGUUACCUCCUUCUACAACCAGUCUGCUAUUGAUGUAUCUGCAGAGAAGGCCUCUGUCCGACUCACACCAGCUACCAUGCUGUACUCCGGGAAGUCCCCAGAUGGGAGCCACAUUCUGAGCAGUGCCAAGUACCUGCACAAGGAGCUGCCUGUACGCAUUGCCCAUCGCAUCAAAGGGUUUCGGAGUUUGCCCUUCAUCAUCGGCUGCAACCCCACCAUCCUGCAGGUGCACGAGCUCUACAUCCGUGCCUACCACAUGCUGUCCGACUUCCCAGUGAUCACUGACCACGAGAUGGAGGCACGUUACAGCAAGCUGGUGCAGCAGCUGUUGGAUGACCACAAGGACGUGGUGACCAUGCUGGCCGAGGGCUUCCGCGAAUGUCGCAAGCACAUCCAGGAUGAGGCUCUGAUCCGCAACUUCCUGGACACCACCCUGACCUCCCGCCUGGGCAUCCGGAUGUUGGCCACACACCAUCUCACCUUGCACGAGGACAACCCUGACUUUGUGGGGAUCAUCUGCAGGCGUCUGUCCCCGAAGAAGAUCAUCGAGAAGUGGGUGGAUUUUGCCCGGCGUCUGUGCGAGCACCAGUAUGGUGGCUCUCCGCGGGUCCGGAUCAACGGCCACGUGGCGGCCCGGUUCCCCUUCAUCCCCCUGCCGCUGGACUACAUCCUGCCGGAGCUGCUGAAGAACGCCAUGAGGGCAACCAUGGAGAGCCAUCUGGACACCCCGUAUAAUGUGCCCGAUCUGGUGGUGACCAUUGCCAACAACGACACAGACUUCGUCAUCAGGAUUUCGGACAGAGGUGGGGGGAUCGCCCACAGCAUCCUGGACAAGGUGCUGGACUAUCACUUCAGCACGGCGGAGCAGAGCGCCCAGGACCCCCGCAUGAGCAACUUCUUCGACACCAUCACUAACAGCGGCCCCCAGUCCGGACCCAUGCACGGGUUCGGCUUCGGCCUCCCCACCUCUCGGGCGUACGCCGAGUACCUGGGAGGCUCCCUCGCGCUGCAGUCCAUGCAGGGCAUCGGGACGGACGUGUAUCUGCGGCUGCGCCACCUGGACGGGAAGGGGGAGAGCUUCCGUAUCUGACUUCCCUCGCCUGCCCACUUCCCGCCCCUCCGGCCGCCGCCCCACGCCUCUGCGCCGGCCACCGGCCACCUGAGGCUGGGAGGAGCGGCCAGCCUGGCAGACUCCGCCCCCCGUGACCUUUUUUGGGUGGAGGAGGCGGAGCAACUGGUAGGCGUGGCCACGGAGUCGUUGCAAUGGAAACCAGAAAUCGGUGGCCACAACAUAUCGACUGUCAAAGCCCAGUCCGCGAGAAUUUCCCCCUGACUUGGAAAUCCCUCUGGGUUGCAGAAGCUCCUUAUUGAUCGUGUCUCACUGGCCGAGGUCCGGUGAGUGUUGGGGUGUGUCCCGUGUUUUUGCUUGUCUGAGGGAAGAGUCUGCAAAAUUGCCGCCCCACCCCUCAGAACAAGCUCAAACGGGUCAAACACGCCCUUCAUGACUGGUGACUUUCUGAACGUUCGGUUUUUCUUCAAGGACUGCAAAGCCAUACAGAUGUCUGUGUGCAAAGCAUCAGUGUCCAUGGAGAAGUGGGCAAUCUGGGCUUCGCUCACACAGCUUCCUGAAAUCUGCAAAUGCAGCAGCAUUUAAGACUUUCUGGGAACUCAGUCUGGUGGCCUGUUCACAGAAAAGAACCUUUUGAGGUCUUUUUCAGACCCGAAGAGCAGCCCAGUUUUCUGGUCAGUGGACAGUUCAUUAUGAGAGGUUGUCGGGGAAAGUAUGACCUGUUUAAAAAAACAUUUUUUUUAAAUUGCUUGAGGUUUUCCGAGACAACUCGAGACUUCCCGUCAGUCCUUCUGUAAAUAAUGUUUUGAAGUCCUUUGGCAUUACCAGAGCUGACUACAAUGUAGCUGAGAUGCAGAUGAUAAAUGAAGAGGAAUUAAGAAUGUUCUGAGACAGUUUCUGUAGGAGGAAUUUGAUUGCGGGAGGUAUUAUGUUUUUCAUGUUCCAAUAGACAAUCAACACUUAAAAAAAUAAACAUUUUUUAAUGAUUCUCCAGA